UGCUGUUAAAAAGGCUCUGAAGAUGGAUUACAGGAAGGCACAAGCUGAACCAUGAGCCACGUAGUGUCUUCAUGCAACGGGGAAGGUCUAAGACAGUGUACGGGCAUGGGGUGCCAUUGUCAGCCUCCUCUGUCCAUUGGAAGGAGCCAGUGGAUGUGAGCUUGGAGAUGCUAUUCAAGUGCAGCUGCUUGCCCUGAUGUGCCUGAUAGCAUAGGCACUUUUGGGUGCUCGGAAGCCACAGAGGCUCACCUGGAUACCUGGUUCUCACUAAGCUCAGUGCAGGUUACCUGAAUGCCCUGUCCUCUGCCUUCGUAGCUGGCCAGUUUCUCACCUGAAAAUCUUUAGACUGGCAUCCAAGUUGCUGAUCAGACUGUUACUAUGUGGGCAAGCUGCUGUAAUUGGUUUUGUCUGGAUGGCUCACCUGAAGAGAUGCAGCCGCAGCCAGAGCAGGGAGCCAGAGCCCAAGCCUAUUCCAACCCUGGGUACAGCUCCUACCCAUCUCCAACCACUUCAGAACAGAGCUGCAAAGCCUGUGGGAUGCGCUUCGACAGCUCCUCCAGGAAGCACGUCUGCUUGGACUGCAAGAAGAACUUUUGUACGUCCUGCUCCAGCCAGGCUGACGGUGGUCCCCUCCUCUGCCACCUCUGCCAGCGGUUCCGAGCCACGGCUUUUCAGCGGGAGGAGUUGAUAAAGAUGAAGGUGAAGGAUCUGCGAGACUAUCUGGCACUCCACGAGGUAUCCACAGAGUUGUGUCGUGAAAAGGAGGACCUGGUACUGCUGAUUCUUGGCCAGCAGCCUGUAAUUACCCAGGAAGAUCAGAUAAGAACAAAUCCAUUUCAUACUAGUGCCUCUGGACAGCAAGGCUUCGUGAUUCUCCCACCAACCGGCCCAGCAUCUUCUACCUCACAUGAUGCGUCUCCAGGGUCUGCAGAUCCCGUCUCAAGUUCACUAGCUCAGGAACAUGAACAGGCAAAUGGUUACGUGCCUCCAAGCCAAGUUGGUUUGACAGGAGUCGAGAUUGCAGCUGAAGCGCAAGCAGAGGAGGAGACUCAGUCUACAGACUCCGAAGAUAACCUGGUGCAGGGGAGGAAGGCUUCUCUGUCUGAUCUGACAAGCAUUGGAGACAUCAACGCGCUCUCCGUGCGACAGCUGAAGGAAAUCCUUGCUCGCAACUUUGUCAACUACAAAGGCUGCUGUGAAAAGUGGGAGCUGCUGGAGCGGGUGACUCGUCUUUAUAAAGAGAAAGACCUUCAACAUCUAGUUUCUGACACUGAUGAUCAAACUGGUGGCGCCGGGCUCCCGGGCACGGAGGAAAACCUCUGCAAAAUCUGCAUGGAUGCCCCCAUUGACUGUGUCCUGCUGGAAUGUGGCCACAUGGUCACUUGCACCAAGUGCGGGAAGCGGAUGAGCGAGUGCCCCAUCUGCCGGCAGUAUGUGAUAAGGGCCGUCCAUGUCUUUAAGUCCUAAGCGUGCGGAAGGAAGACUGGGAAUGCCUUAAAGCCUCAUCUGCUGUGAGAGAAACGGUCGAAAUAGCUACUAGUUAGGUCAGAGAUUAGCACGUGGACCCCACUGGAAGCUGGAGGUGAGGGAAGGAUGAAGCCUGAGAAAACUUGUUCUUACCCAAGCCAUGCCUGGCUGUGCUCUUCCCAUGAUAGUGCUUUACACCACAGUGCCUGGACUCCUUGGAGCUCAUUGCCAGCAGCAGACACACAAACUUAACCUACGUUCGAGGAUAACGUGAUCCGUUAGAGGUGGGGAGCCAGGGAUGUUUGGCUUCCCACCCCAAAGCUCAGAUGCAGAGGCUUCAUAUUUUCCCCUGACUAGUAA